CUUCAUAACAGAUUAUCAAAUUUAAUCCACACGACGAAUAUACUAAGAAAUUGUCUAUCUUUAGAGCAUAAGAGGAGGGUUGCUGCUGAACGCAGAGCACUACAAGCAGAAGACCGCGAAAGACUUAUCUUAGAGAGAUUAUCGAGAUAUGAAUAAUCUACCAAUCGAAUUGGUUUAUAACUUAAUAGAACCACUAGCAUCAAACCACGAUGACCUUCUACCUACGCUACUUAUCAAUAAAGACUUUAGUUUGGAGAGCUACAAAUUGCUCUAUUCAUUUGUCGCUUUCAGACCUUGGCAGCGCCCAGACAAGAUUAUACAAUACUUUGAUUCGAUAGAGACAAACCCACGCUUGGCUCACCUAACACGACACUUAGAAGUUAGGUCAUUCCCUAGACAACUCAAUUACAACGAAAAGCAACUCUUCUAUCAAAAAAUUUGCACGCUUUUGUCUCAUUUUAAAAACCUAGAGAUAUGUAGUUGGACUAGGGCAUUCUCAUUGACAACUGAUAUCCUUCUUAUCUUGAGCAAAUUGCCAAAACUGGCAGAAUUGGAACUAAAUGCAGGCAAUCAACUUGACUAUGAUAUAAUAUUCAAUUCAGAUUGGAAUACUCUAAAUACGCUCAAAAUUAUCCUACCUAAUAGAGAUAUCGUCGUUCCACUUCAUCGAUUCCUCCUUAACCGUGGUCAGCAAUUGCGUUCACUCGUUAUACUCGCGAAAGAAAGCAGCGUAAUUGAUGAUAAUUAUAUUGCAGCUAUUUCAAAAUCAUUGUGCAAUCUCCGUCAACUAACAUUGGGUGGUUUUAAGCGCGUCACCGAGAAGGGAUUGUCGAGAAUACUUUUACAUAAUAAUCGUUUACGGUCGUUAUGUCUUGAAUCACUUAAUUUCUCGAACGUAUCUUGGGAUAUUUAUCUGCCAGAGCUCGAGCAUCUCACGAUUACUUUUAGUACACCUGAGACAAUAUCACGUUUACUUGAUCUCACACGGAAGAGUACGAAAUUUAGGAGUUUUACUAUAUACUCUUCUGGUAUGCAAAGUCUUCCAUAUCUCCCUGAGGAGUUCAUUACUAGGUUACUCGCCAUGCAUGCGAAGUCUUUGUCUACGAUAAGGAUACACCACGUUCUGAUUUCGCAAGAUGCACUCGUCCGUUUGAGCCAACACUGUGAAGGCCUUACCGAACUCGUCGUGCAUCUCCCCUCGAUUGACAUAGCUUUAAUACUUACCUGUGCAUCUAAAUGGCGGCGACUCGAACGACUACAUCUUUUAGGCGAGCCUUCUGAUAACGAUAUACACGCUGAUUCACUCUUACCACUUGCAAAAGAAUGCAAGAAUCUCACUCAAAUUGGUUGGCGAUCACGCGUCUGGAAAGUCGUCCGACACGGAACAGACAUCAGUCUCGACCUAUACAAACAAAUCUACAUCCCGAGUGUCUUCUCAGUAUGUACCAUACUCUCCUCAGAUACCCCAACUAAACGCGUUUAA